AUGAGAUCAAUAAUUCAAAUAUUGUUCGUCGUCUUAUUCACAAUCAACAUCAAUGAAGUCAAAUCAACAAUUCUAACAACUUUGGGAAAUCUAACAUGUUAUACAAAUGGAAUGGCAACUCCUUUUGCUUUUAAAGCUGAUUUAUUUGAAGUCGAUGAACUUUCUGGAGAAAAUCAGUUGAUCACUGAUUUCCCAAGCCGUGGAGAAUCAGCUGGAUAUAUCACAAUGGAGACACAAAAAGAAUUGAAUAACAAUGAUUAUAAUGUGAGUUGUACAGAAAGAAAUAUGCUAAUUGAUUUGGUUUAUCUCAAUGUGCGUCAUAAUUGCACAGCUUCUGGUCAACAAAUUUGUUCCGCCAUAAGACUUGGCGGUGUUGGAUGUAACUUGGGACUUGUCGGCUUCACCUAUGAAUUGGAUCUUCAUAAUGAGACAUUCGUCAUGGAUUGUUCAAUUUUCGAUGAUUUCUAG